GCGAGGGAGCGGAAGGAUACGCAGAGUGUGAGGGAAGUACACUAGUGGUGUCGCUUUGCCGCGGCGCUUCGCGCCUGCGCAGUGUAAUUGCUACAGAGUCUCUGGAAACGGACGUGUCACGGUACUUGGAGGUCCGGCUGCUUUGUCGUUAAUGGACUAAACGGAGAAGGGAAACGAAACUUCAGUGUCCAGGUAAGAUUGCCUUAUUGGAGGAUGCCACUUUUUGGGGAAAUUGUUGUGAUAAAAAGGAAUGGCACAGAUGGUACCCAUUUUCCACUUACUGCAACUACUUGUCUGUUUGGAAGAAAAUCAGAAUGUGAUAUCCGCAUUCAGCUACCACAUGUCUCCAAAGAGCAUUGCAGAGUUGAAGUCAAAGCAAACAAAGAGGUUUUUGUCAUCAACUUAAGUACCGUCAAUCCGACACAGUUAAAUGGAAUAGCAGUUCAGCAACCUGAGGUCCUUAAACAUGGAGAUGUAAUUACUAUAAUUGAUCGUUCUUUCAGAUUUGAACAACCACAGACGAACCCUCGCAGUCAGUCCACAGGAGGAAAUUCUCUAAGUAGCAAGUUGGUCGAAGAUGAACAGCCAUCAAUCAAAGGUAAAGCGAGUAAGCUCACUCGGAAGUCAGAAGGAAAUGUAUCUAGGACCACCCACUCUCGCCUCUCUCUUCCAAUAUCACCACAUAGACGAUCUUCAAGAGAGAAGAGAGAUUUGUCACCUUUUGGUGAAUUGUACGAGAUGCUUAAAAGUAAAGAGUUAAAUCUAGAGCAUGCAAAAACACCAGCAAAGCUAAACAUGGAGAAUGGAGAUCAUAUCAGUACUCCUGUCACAACUAGAAGGAGCGUUGGAAAUGCUAAAGAAACGCAAGAGUUGAGCAUUGGAGAAUUGCAGUUUGAAGGUCAGGAACUUCAUGUUGAAUCGGCAACCUUGUCAGAGAAAACUGCCAGUGCCUUAAAAAGUCCAUCUAGAGGGCGUCAGUCCACUCUGUCAAAACAAGAGCAACAAAGGCUUAGUGGUAAAAGAGUCUCUCCUGCCAAAUCUGAGCUGCUUCUUAAAGAUACAGCUAGCUUUCAAGAUAAUGGGCAAAAACAGACCAAUGACAAGCUCACUCCAAAUCGGAGACGUAGUACUUCCAAUGAACCUGCUCAAGAUGUGCAAAUGACACCUGGAAAAUCUGGAGGUUCCGUUUCACCUCGGUCCAGAAACAUGUCUCCAAAAUCAGCAUCUCCCAAAGGCUUGCACAAGAACGUUAAAGGAUCAGCUAAAGUCUCAAACCCACGACAAAAACGACGUAGUUCUGAGCUUGAUUUGCCUGAGCCAACUCCAAAAAGAAAAAGGGUCUCAUUUGGAGGACAUCUAAGUCCAGAGCUUUUUGAUAAAAGGCUUCCUCCCAACUCUCCUCUUAAAAGAGGUGCAACACCUGCUAGGCGGAGCUUAUCACUUGUCACGCCUCUUGCACUUAUGCGAAAGAGCUUUGGUGGUUUCAGGCAAACCGCAAUUAAGGAAACUUUUGAGCCUGGCACUGACUUAGCACUCUUCAAGGGAUCUCCAGCCAAGAAGUCACCAUCCAAGAGGUCGCCCGCCAAGGGGGCAUCCCCGGCCAAGAGGUCGCCCGCCAAGGGGGCAUCCCCGGCCAAGAGGUCGCCCGCCAAGGGGGCAUCCCCGGCCAAGAGGUCGCCCGCCAAGGGGGCAUCCCCGGCCAAGAGGUCGCCCGCCAAGGGGGCAUCCCCGGCCAAGAGGUCGCCCGCCAAGGGGGCAUCCCCGGCCAAGAGGUCGCCCGCCAAGGGGGCAUCCCCGGCCAAGAGGUCGCCCGCCAAGGGGGCAUCCCCGGCCAAGAGGUCGCCCGCCAAGGUAGCUACCCCGGCCAAGAGGUCGCCAGCCAAGGUAGCUACCCCGGCCAAGAGGUCGCCAGCAAAGGCGGCAUCCCCAGCCAAGAGGUCGCCGGCCAAGGCGGCUACCCCGGCCAAGAGGUCGCCGGCAAAGGGGGCAUCCCCUGCCAGGAGGUCGCCCGCCAAGGCAGCUACCCCUGCCAGGAGGUCGCCCGCCAAGGCAGCUACCCCUGCCAGGAGGUCGCCGGCCAAGGCAGCUACCCCGGCCAAGAGGUCGCCGGCAAAGGGGGCAUCCCCUGCCAAGAGGUCGCCGGCCAAGGCGGCAUCCCCUGCCAGGAGGUCGCCGGCCAAGGCGGCUACCCCUGCCAGGAGGUCGCCGGCCAAGGCGGCUACCCCUGCCAGGAGGUCGCCGGCCAAGGCGGCUACCCCUGCCAGGAGGUCGCCGGCCAAGGCGGCUACCCCUGCCAGGAGGUCGCCGGCCAAGGCGGCUACCCCUGCCAAGAGGUCGCCGGCCAAGGCGGCUACCCCGGCCAAGAGGUCGCCGGCCAAGGCGGCUACCCCGGCCAAGAGGUCGCCGGCCAAGAGGUCGCCGGCCAAGGCGGCUACCCCGGCCAAGAGGUCGCCGGCCAAGGCGGCUACCCCGGCCAAGAGGUCGCCGGCCAAGGCGGCUACCCCGGCCAAGAGGUCACCAGCCAAGGCAGCUACCCCUGCCAAGAGGUCGCCAGUCAAGGCAGCUACCCCUGCCAAGAGGUCUCCUGCCUCAGCAACCCCUGCCAAGAGGUCUCCUGCUUCUACUUAUACAAAAGGACGUUUCUCAAUUUCACGAAUUGAUACACCACCGCAAAUAGAUGUCCAUGCUCCUAACACUGAGAAAAAUGAACUCUCUGCACAAACACCCAGAAAAUCACGGAAGUCAAUAUCAUUAAAGAAAACGCCAGGAAGAAGAAGUAGAAAACUUGAAUCUUUUGAAAUUUUGCGUUCCAGGCGAAGAAGUGGGGCAACUGAAGCUAACUUGCUUGUUGCAAAAUCAUGGGCUGAUGUUGUAAGAAGCGGUGUUCCAAAAAAUCAGAAGAAAUCUGAAAAGCAUGCUCGCAAAGCAGUACCUACCAAGAGAAAGCCAAAGCCAAAGACGCCAGCACGAAGAAUUAUUGACCGAAUUGGCACAGGACAUGCUGAUUCUCCUGCCACAAUCCUUGUUGGAAGAGCUCAUACAAGAACUGUCGACCUAACUGGAUAUGUUCCUAAAAUUGUUCAAAACCAAGCAAUAAAAAUCACCAAUGACCAAAAUGAAAGCUUUACAGGUUUGAGUGAGUUGUUUAAUACCCCUGCACAUGUGAAACCAAGGAGAAGUGGUCGCUCAGGAGGCCUUCCGAUGGAAACUCCGCAAUCUAUAAUUGUUGAUAUGUCACUGAUGAAGACUCCAGAGGAAUUAGGUGAAAUGGUGGUUUCUCCAAUUAAUGGUAGCCCUGCUACAACACAGAAGAAACAGUACAGUCGUGACGCAGUAUCUCGUCUUCUAAGUCCUGUGACGCCAGCAUCAGAAGAACAGAUAUCCGAAGCUUCCAAAGACACUCAGUUGGUUGUAAAAGAGACAGCCACAUUAAAUGAAACCCGUUUUAUAAAAAAGGGUGCAAAGGCACAGAUGAAAAAAAGAGGAACAAUGGGUUUGACUGGUGUAAAAAGGAUUAUGAGAACACCAAAACAAAAAGGAAAGCAGGUUAUUGAUCCUGUGGCGCUAAAGAAAAUGUUGAGAACACCAAAACAAGUUGAAUCACUUCCUGUAGAGUCCUCUGGCCCUAAUGAUCUAGUUGGACUGAAGGAAAUCAUGAAAACUCCAAAAGUAAAAGGGCAACCAGUGGAGGAUAUGACUGGCAUAGCACGCAUCAUGAAGACCCCAAGACGCAAGCAACAACCAGUAGAAGAUAUGGCUGGUAUUAAACGUAUUAUGAAGACUCCUAAACAGAAAGGGACGCCUGUUGAGGAUAUGACCGGAAUCAAGCGUAUUAUGACGACCCCCAAGGAGAAAGGGCAACCCGUGGAGGACAUGGUGGGAAUCAAACGUAUUAUGACAACCCCCAAGGAGAAAGGGCAACCCGUGGAGGACAUGGUGGGAAUCAAACGCAUUAUGAGAACCCCCAAGGAGAAAGGGCAACCUGUGGAGGAUAUGGAAGGUUUAAGUCAGAUUAUGAGAACACCAACUGAAAAUACUCACCCAAUAGAAGAAAUAUUUGGGAUGAAACAACUAAUAAAGACUCCUCCAAAGAGAGCACUUGGUGUUAGAGAGGGCACGUCUGGGACACCAUCACAAUCUGGCAAAAAGGCUACUCUGUUUCAGACUAAUCAAAAAUCGGCACAAGAAGAAGCAUUGCCAAAACUUACUUUGGAGAAAAAUAAUGAAAGCGAGGUUGCUGUACAAACUGACAGAGAAACUGAAAAAUCUAAACCAACCCCCAAAAGAGGUCGACCUGCCAAGGCUAGUGUGAAGCUUGCUUCAGAUGGUGGGAAGCCUGUUGAUAAUGGCACAUCUACACAUGAAACACACCCAGAAGAAAGCAGCAGAGAGGCUUCUCUCCAAGUACUGGCUAGUGAUGAUAAAUCCUCCACAGCUGCUGAUAAAGCCACCCCAGCCAAACGAAGAGGUCGUCCAUCCAAGUCCAGUUUGAGUGGUUCACCAGGUGGUGGAAAUUCUGUUGAAAACAACACAUUCAGACAUGAAAAAAAUCCGGAAGAAGCCGCUCCUCUACAGGUACUCUCCACUGAAAAUACUUCAUCCUUGGGUGAUGAUAAAGCUACUCCAGCUAAAAGAGGUCGUCCAUGCAAACGUGGUAUGAGUAAGUCACCAGCAUCUAGUAAUAAAGAUAAGUCUGUUGAAAAGAAUAGUACACCAGAGCAUGAAAAGAACCUGGAAGAAAGCAAUGAAGGAACAUCUCUACAGGUACAGACCAUUGAAGAUGCUUCUUCCACUAGUGCUGAUAAAGCCACUCCGGCCAAAAGAAGAGGUCGUCCAGCUAAACGCAGCUUGAGUCAUUCACCAGGUUUAGAAAAACCUGUUGUAGAUGUUCCAGAAGACCUAAGCACCAGCAAUGAGGUCUCUAAUAUUCCUGAAGGAUCAAGUCAUAUCAAUACAGACCAAGAGAACAAUGUUGAUUUACCAAUGGAAAAAGAGUCUGAACCGUUAAAUCUAAAUAUUGGAGCGAAAAAAGUCACUAAGAAAUCUCAGAGAAAGAAAGUCACAGAAGAGUCUGUUCAAAUAGCAGUGGAAAACUUGGUUGUUGAACAAGAUGAUGAAAAAUCUGCUCCCCAAAGACGACGAGGAAGACCUCAAAGGGGUGGUCUUUCAUCUACCACUGAAGUUUUAGACGAAGCAUUACCAGAAGAGCCUCCAACAAACAGACGAACUGGCAGGGGCCGAAAGAUUGCAGAAGUGGCAAAACCGCAACAAGUCAGUACAAGUGUUGAAGAAUCUCAAGAAGUAAGAAACGAGGAACUCUCAGCAACUAAGACUCAGACUAAGUCUACCAGGCAUCAAAAAGCUGUAUCUGAAGACUCUACAGUUACAGCAACUAAGAAGCCACGUGGAAGGCAACCUAAAGUGGACAGAGAACAGAAAGCUGCUGAGGAGGAAAAUACUGUGGAGAAAUCACUUACAGAACUGCCAGGAGAUUCAGCUUUAGUCAACAAUGUAACGCCAUCUGUGAGAAGGGGUAGGCGAGCAAGAGGCAAUGCAAAUGCUGUGACUGAAACAGUCGUAACUGAAGCAAAUUUGCCUGACUUGACAAACAAUAUCGUUUUACAUAAAGAGCAAGAAAGCUCCAGUCAAGCAUCUCCAGAAGCCAAAACUCAAAGAGGAAAAAGGAAAAAUCUUAAAAAUACAAACGUUGAUUCUGUAAGCAACUCUGCUGAAACAGAUGUUGCAACAUUAGAAUUAGAAGAGAGACCUAACAAAAGAUCUACACGUGGUGUUAGAGGCACACAGCAAGUUGAUGAGCUUAAAGAACCAAAAGGAAAAAAAGCAAAAGUAGAACAUGUGCCCAAACCUGCUGAACUAGUUCAUAUACAGGAGAAUCUAGCUAAAGAGAAUGCAUCUAGGGCGAAAUCUGUGCAGUGGCACCCUCUUCUGACUGUUAAGGGGACACCUGAAAAGAAUACUGAAGAGACUGUUAAGAAUCUUGCAGAUGAAGAAGCUCCGGUCAGUGCAGUAAAAUCUAGAGGAAGGAGGCGGCAAGAAGUAAAAGAAUCUGUUCCAGCAAAACGAUCGCGUUCAAGAAGGGAGGAAAAUAAUGCAGAGGCAUUAACUUCUAGUAGUACAACAGCUGAUGCAGUUCCUAUUGCUUUGGUUGCCAGUGAAAGUACUGAAACUCCUAAGAAUAAGAGAGGACGGAGGAAAGCAAACACACAAUUAGAGAAAGUUACUGAUUCAGAUCUUUCAGUGACAGAGGUUUCCUCUAAGCUAGACCUAGUGCCAGAGGUUGUAAACGAAAAGGCCGUAAACAAACGAAACACAGGUAAAAGAAACCUCAAGUCUUCAUCUGAUAGUGAUUCUAGUAGUAAAGCUGUUGAACCAGUGCUGGAGACUAUUACCCAAAAGCGUGGACGAAGAGGAGCAGCAGCCAAAAGUCUAGAUUCUGAGACUACUGAAGUUAAAACUGUUGAGUCUGCUGAAAAUGUAACUUCAAAUAAAAGAAGGGGAAGAGCACCAAGUCAAAAAACCAACAAUCCUGAAACUAGCAAAACCACUACUGAACCUGUUAAUAAAAAUCAAGCAACUGAAGCUGUAGCCAAAAAUACAGAUAAUGCAGAAAGUCCUCCUAAAUCAAGAAGAGGCUUAAAAAGAAAGGCAGCCACCACUGAUGUUCCGGAAGGCAACACAUCAGUAAGUGAAAAUGGACCCCGUGCCAAUGUAAGAGAAAGCACAAGAGGAGCUUCAAGGCAAAAAACUGCAGCAAAAGAAAAUCCAGUGGUUGUUGAAGAAUCACCAGCAAAGAAAAAGAGAACAGAGCCAUCUUCCAGUCCUGCUCAGAAAGGAGGAAAAACAAGAGCCACUGCAGCAAAACGGAAAAAUGAGAAACCAACAGAAGUUGUAAAGACAAGGCAAACAUUGCGCACACGGAAAUAGACCCAGAAGUUUUUAUACAUUUAAUUCCUGCCAAGCUAAAGUUUCGUCCAAUAAUUGGAUUCAAAUCCACUGAGUGAUUUUAUGUAAUUUUAAAUAUUUCUAUUUCUGUAGCACUGCAUUUUUUUUCCUGAAAAAAUUGUACAUUUUAUAUUUUUAUUCUGUACAUUUUAUAUCUUAUUUUGUCAAAGUUGAAAGCUUUACAUUUCAGACAGCUAUGGCUUAUUACAGUUAAGAAAACUGCUUACUAUUUUCAUUGUCUGUUUUUAUAUGGCGUGUUAGUGUUAGAUUGUUGUAAGUCAUUCUGAAUAAACAUGCCAGCGCCUUUCUUAAUAUAGGUCUUAUAUUUGUGCUUUAUAAUAAAAUGUAAUGGAGUGAUUUGGAUUCACAGUAUCGAUCGAUAUGCUUCUUUUCAUUCUGUGGAUAUUGUAUUAAAGUCUUUUGACUUUACGUUUGGAUUAUAUAUCCGAAAUUCACAUUCAAGUCUUAAGCCUGGAUUAUAAUCAGAAUUUUGUUUUGUGUAUAGUUUGUAGUUGAUGUAAUGAUUCUUGAUAUGUAUGCAUUGUGUGCUCAGCGGGUUGUUAAUAUGCAUAACUGUUUUAAGGAUCUGAUUCAUUUAAACCUCUGUACAAUUGUUAAAGAUUUGUGAUGCACCUUUUUUUAAAAAAAAAAAUAUUUAAAAUUGUCAGAUCAAUAUCCUUAACGAUGUCGGAUUAUUUAAAAAUAUGUAUUGUAGUGCAUCUCUGUUCGUUCUUCAGGGGGCGGGGUUUUUACAUUCAUUUUGUUUGGCCAAUGAUUAUUAGUAACACUGCUAUUUUGUAAUGGUGAACUGAGCAACAAGAAUGUCCACUCUGCAGAGAAGAGAAUGUAUCCACUCAAUUAAGAUUUUAAAUGGUUUUUAGUAACUUUUUUUUUUACUGUAACUGCCAUUAAUAUUUAAUAACUGGGGUCUUUUUUUUUUUUUGCGAGUUGAUCUGUUGCAGUUUGCAUUAAUAGGCACUUAGCAUUUUGAGUAGACUUAUUAGCCAUGACGUUUUAGCGUAUUGCAGAACUGGGAGAAAGUGAGGUGUGGAGAGUUGAGUAAUAUUCUGAAUUGUCUAAGGGCAUAAGCCCACUGUUAAAAGGAAGGCAGUCGUGUUGCGAUACAAAUGCUUGUCCUGACUUCCAGCUAAACAGCCAAAGAUAUGACAAUACAUGAGGGUUGUGGGAGCAAACCUAGUAACUUAAAUAAAAAAUUCAGAUUCACCUGGGCCAAGAUGGUCUCUCUAUGAUGUGUCUAAUUAGUGGUGAUACAGAAUUUUUACAAAUCAUGUAACCCUGCCCCCCCCUUUUUUUUUUUAAGGUAAGCUGAGCAAGAAAGUAUAAACCCUAAAUAUGUUAAACAUGCCACAUACUAAUGCAGUAUCAAAAGUCUGGAGUCGUAAUCGUUUGGUACUAAUCUCUCAAAUUUUCCGUCACCUGCAGAGGCUAUGUUGCCAGUAUUGUUAUAUGCAAAGCUUUCGUUGUCAAACUUGUGUGGCUGUAUCACUCUGAAAGGCAUUUUCCAUAACCAACACCCUCCAUCUCUUGAGUCUAGUGCUGAAUUCCUGCAUUUGACCGUAUAAACUAUGGUCUUUUACAUAUAAUCCUGUUGUUUCAAGUGCACAAAAGGGGGUAAUUGUUCUCAGAAUUGCCUUGUCUUUCGUUAGUUUU